GAGCAGACGUCCUCUCAAAUCCCUGCUGCCAUCGCUUCUCUGACUGUGCCCUUCCUGGUGUCCUCUUAUCUCCACGAUGAUAAUGAGGACCAGGAUUCGUACCCCAAAGCCUUCCCCACGGUGCACUGCGCGAGCGCCCCUGUUCCACCAAAGCCUCCAAUCUCCCCAGAACGUCUCGCAGCCAUCAAGUCAUUAGAUGUGGUCGCCGAUGUUGUCGAGGACGUGGCGCCCGCAGUUGUCUCUCUCACGAGUUCGGGGAACUUCUUCCAAAUCGCGUCCUCAACGGGCUCAGGGUUCAUCGUGGAUGACACUGGUCUCAUCAUCACAAACGCGCACGUUGUGGGUCACAAGCAGGGCCUGAAGGUCAAUAUGUUGGAUGGCCGCACUUUCGACGCCCGGGUGCUUGCUGUAGACGUCACAUCAGAUCUUGCUCUGGUGCAGGUUAGCAUUUGCAUUUCUAAAUUGCAAUUUUUAAAUGGUUUCCCUCCCCCCGCGACAGCUUGGAUAGUGGAUGUACCCUUACCAUCGUAA